CUGCUGAAUGGCAUUUUCCAGUGUGGAAAAAUGCAAAAUGUUUGAUCGUGUGUAUUUAUUUAUAAUAGGAACAUAAAGCCUUUAGCCAACAAUUUAAACAAAGAUUUAGUGGGAGUAUCAGCCUAAACAGCAAAGUGUGAUGUUCACAGCUUAACGUUUUAGUAAGCGAUAAAACUAAAGCCAGUACUUAAAACAGACACCAGCACACACAAAAAAAUAACGCUAAACAGACAAAUCAAGAAAAACUGAUCUAAUGAAUUACAGCGUUAACACUGUUUCACUGGCAUAUUCUUCCUGUUGUCCCUUUGUCUAGUUUUAAGGACAACCUGCUUAGCUAUUAGAUGGUGAAGUUGUCCAUGAUUCUGUUGCAAAAAAUUGUCGGAGCUGGGAUGAAAGUUGUUUUUCUUCAUGCAUCAUUCUGCUGGUUUGUGAAAACCACUGCAGAAGAGAGAAAACAGUGGCAAAACAAUGAGUUCAGUUUCUGGUUGGUUGUAUUUGCAGUCUUGCUGUUGUGGAAGUACAGGCCUGAAAUGCUUCUCUGGUCGUCAGUUUCAGAGGAGGUUCAAAAGCUGUGCCCUGAAGCAAGGAAGUCUGAGUUAUUGAAAAGAAAUUCGAGAGCAAGGCCCUGCAAUACCAGUCUUCCUGCAAAAUCUGAAAAUUCAGUGGAAGAACCCUAAAUGGGAGUAGAUUGCUGCUUGUGUAUCUUCAGGGCAGAGGGAGAAAGAUGGUAAAAGGAAUUGUCAUCCAUCACUAUGAAAAACAACAUCCUAUGAGUUUGUUUCAAGCUUUGUACCUCAUCAUUUGCUUCAGAUAAGCUGUGCCCUGAGCUCUCCUGGGGAAGGCUGGUGUCCUUGGGGAAGCAUGGCCUUCCGUGGCUGGAAGUGGCUCCUCCUCUUGGGCAGGCAGAACACCCUUGCCAAGGUGUGGAGAAGCAGGAGGGGAGGCCCCUCUCUCUGCUGGAAGCGCUGCUGCCAUUGGAGCACAGGCAAGUCUCUGGAUCCCGAGGUGAGAGCGUUUUUGGAGGAGAACACUGAGGUCACCAACAGUGGGCACCUCACACCAGAGAUCCGGCUGCGCCUCCUCACCCCUCGCUGCAGGUUCUGGAGGGAAAAACCUGACCUGUGGCCUUAUGGGGACCCCUUCUGGGCAAUUUACUGGCCUGGAGGCCAAGCCCUCUCCAGGUAUAUUUUAGAUAAUCCACAUGUGGUUAAAGGGCGUUCGGUUCUGGACCUUGGAAGUGGAUGUGGAGCAACAGCAAUAGCAGCUGUGAUGAGUGGUGCAUCCCAAGUCCUUGCCAAUGACAUUGAUCCUAUUGCAGGAAUGGCAAUGAUCUUGAACUGUGAACUGAACCACCUGAAUCCCUUCCCCAUCACCAUUAAGAACAUCAUCAAUACAGAGCCUGGCAAAUGGGAUCUCAUAGUUCUAGGAGAUAUGUUUUAUGAUGAACAACUUGCUGAUGGUCUGCAUCGCUGGCUGCAGAAGUGCAUCAGGAUUCACCAGACUGAAGUGCUGAUUGGUGACCCUGGGAGGCAUCAGUUUUUAAGCCACAGCAUUCACAGUCAGCUGCACAAAGUUAUAGAAUAUUCACUGCCUGAGUAUACGAGACAAGAAAACUAUGGGCUAACAUCAAGUAUCGUCUGGAGUUAUCAGCCCUCGAACAGCUUAGAUGACUCCUGAAGCUGCCUUUCUAUGGGAUUUUGUCUCAGUUGGAUUUUUGCAGGUAUAUAAAAUGAAAAUGGAAAUUAUCUGUUAAAGUAAAGCAGCUUACUGGACCUUCACUGGACUGAUUUCAAUCAUACUCAUUGAGGCUUUUACUCAAUUUGAAGUAAAAGCUACAUGCAAACUGUGUUCAAAGAGGCCUGCACUGAAGUGUAGACCUACAGACAACUUAUAUGUAAGAGUUUGCAUGCUUGAUGUUUUCCAUGUAUAUUUGUGUCUACCUGACAUUACUGUGAAAUGUUUUGGAUGUCCAGAAUACUGCUGUGGGAAGAGAGCUGUGGCUGAAGGACUACUGCACUGCUUCCACAGGCUUUUGCAACUUAUUUAUAGAAAAUUUUUAAAUAUAGAAAAUUAUUGCUGUCCUCCAUAAAAUUCUCCACUAGAUUAUUAGCUCAUAAUAUGUGUAACUUGAAGUGCCUUGCUCUUUUUCUGGGUAUCUCUUCUGAAUGUCAAAGUAACUGAUUUGAAUCUCCCCCAUUGCCUCUAUAAUAAAAAUUUCCUCUUCCUUGAAACUACCAGAGUGAUUAUGUAAGAGUUGCACCCAAAUCAAAACUCUGCUUCUUGACUGCCAGCCUGUGUAAAAGCUUUAAUAAAUGGAAAGUGAAUAAAUAA